AUGGUGAUCAGUGAUAGUUCCCCUGAGAGAAUUGUUACGCCAUUUGCUCAAAGGAUUCUUGACGAUCCAUUGCUAAAACAUUAUCAGAAUCUAAAUAUCGGAGAGCACUCUGGAACUACUGAUCCGGAAGAUCAUCUUUCUAAGUUUGAGAGUGCGGCUCUACUACAACAAUUUCCUGAUGGGGUCAAGUGUCAGAUGUUCCUUACUACUCUUGGAGGAGCGACUCAGAGAUCGUUCAAAAGAUUACCAGAAAAUUCUAUUCGGCACUUCAAGGAUUUCCGUUUGAUUCGAUUUUCGGCAGGGAUGUCUUUGAUGAAUACUUUUGCAGUCAUAGUCACAAGAAGACGAGUGUCGCUUUGUUUCGUGACUUGGAACAUCGCUGCUCUUAUGAUCAUAUUCCUUGUCUCGAUGAUCAUACACACUGGAGCACUGGUCGUCGAUGGUGAAGCUGAUGAUUCGCAUUUAGAAGCCCAUCUUAAACGCCUCAACAAACCUGCAGUGAAAACGAUGAAGACACAACAUGGAGACAUAUUUGAUUGUGUUCCUCUGUACAAGCAGCCUGCUUUCGAUCACCCUUUGCUAGCAGAUCACACAAUCCAGAUGAAACCGAGCUUUGUGCCCAACAAUAUGGACGAUGAUGCUAAUCAUAUUGGUAGUGAUCCAUUAAUAUCAACUAAGCCUCAAUUAGAGAUUGAAAGCUGCCCAGUGGGCACAGUUCCGAUAAGGAGAACUCAGAUUAGCGAUCUCCGUAGAGUUGCAAAGCUCCAAAACUACGGGAAGCGCGAUGAAUCUGAUCAUGAAAGACAAGAACAAGCAGGGGCGAAACUAGAACGAGGAGGCCCUUAUCUCGGAGCUAAAGGUUUAAUAAAUGUUUGGGAUAUCGAAGUCAAUGAUGGUGAAUGGAGUCAUAGUGCCAUUGAAAUUACAGACCAAAAAAGUGACUUCAUUGAAGCAGGAUUGAUGGUGCAUCCUCAACUGUUCGGUGACCAGAAAUCUCGUUUCUACACUUAUUGGACUGCAAAUGGGCACUACAGUACAGGCUGCUACAAUUUGCUCUGCCCGGGUUUCAUCCAAGUCAAUCGGAACAUUACAGUUGGUAGCGUAAUCUUCCCCACUUCUAGCUACAAUGGCUCACAAUACGUCUUGGACACAGUAAUAUACAGGGAUCUGGUGGAAAUGAAUUGGUGGUUGCAAAUUCAUGGAGAACCGGUGGGAUACUGGCCGAAAGAACUAUUCGGUGGGAGAUUUGAAGAAGCUAUGGAAGUGAAGUGGAUCGGGUCGGUCCUGAACUCGAUGAGCGACGGCGUCAGCCACACGCCGACAAUGAUGGGAAGUGGGCGGUUCCCGAAGGAAGGAUUUGGUAAAGCAGCCUUCUUCGAAAAUGUUGGGGUGAUGAAUUAUUUGGGACACUAUGAACGUCCCAUGUAUCCAAAGUUUUACCAGACCAAUAAGGGCUGCUAUGAAGUGGAUCCAGUCGUGCAAAAUAUCUACUUCUAUUUUGGAGGUCCUGGUGGUCGUUAUGCUGGCUGUACAAACUAG